AUGAGACUAAGACAGAAACUACUGGCCCCACACAGUUUCCUUGUGGCUCCAGAGAGGCCGGCAGAGGGCGAUCUGGGACUAACCGCAAGAUCAGCUAGCUUCCUUCCUCUUCCCCCUAACUUCCCAGCUCCGGGGCCCCCUCGGGAGAGGGUGACUAGAGAGCGGAGGCCCACCGGCUUCCCCUGGGGUUCCCCAGUUUCAAAGACAGUCAGGCGCGGGACGCAGCAAAAACCCAGUAGCAGCGUGGGCUCCCUGGCCGUCUGGGGCGAGCCUGGGACGGCAAGGACACCCAAGUGGACCCCUGGGCUGCUCGUGUCGCCGGUGGCCCGACUGCUCGCGCUGGGUGCACGGUUACCCGGCCGUCCUUCCCCUCAAGAGCCUUGCCCAUGGGUUCGCCAACGUCGCUCCCGGUUGGCUACGAGAGUCCCAGAGUUAAACUUUCAGCCAAUAAAAAAAGGCAUGGGGCGUGACGCACUGAAACGUCACGGGAAUUCCCCCCUCGGGGGCCCGCUAGGGGCUUUCCCAGCUGGUGCCCCAGGUAGCAGGAGAGGAGAGGAGAGCGGUCCAAGGCGGCUGGGGCCUGGAGAGAAGUCGGAACCAGAGCCGCCGCCACGGGGCCGAGCCCGAGGGCCCCACUGGAAGAGCCCCCGCCUACGGACCAUCCGACAGCAGGAAUGUCCCCCCAAAAGCCCCCGGGUGAAUCAGCCUUGUCCUCCCCGCUGGCAGAAAAUCCCAAGGUUGCUCCAGGCCGAGGCAGUGGGGGCGCGGCGGGCCCGGCUCCGCACUGGGCGUCUCUCCGGCCCGCCGGCUGUACGUGCCCGGGAGGACACAGCAAGCGCCCCAACGCCUCACGCGCCUCUGCCCUCCGACUGGAGGCGGCACCGGCAGGCCACAGGGGAGCUCCCGCCUCUCCCGCCCCUCCCGCCGCGGGGGCGGGGCCAGUGCGUCAUUUCCAGGCCCGCCCCCUCCGGCCCCGCCUCCCCCUGGUAUUUUCGGGACUUUCCUAAACUGCACUAA